AUGUUCCCUCACAGUCUCAUUCAGUCAGAGGUGAUAAACUCCCUGUUUAUUAAUGGACGAUGUCGCUGGCCUGACUGUGACCAAGCCUUUGAGGGCUAUCCUGUUUUUCUAAAACACCUGAACCAGGGACACAGCUGUGGUGAAAAAACUGUUGCACAGUGGAGGGUGCAGCAAGAAAGAGUGAGACAUAUGGAAAAUCAGCUUGUUCAAGAAAAAGAGAAGCUUCAAGCCAUGCAGCUCCAUCUAAGGCUAAGUGAACACACCCUGGGACAGCCAAAAGUAUCUCUGGGCUGGUGGAGUCCGCUGGCAUUGAGUGUGCCCCCAUCCGAGGAGCCAGAUGGAGGUGCAGAGUGGGCAAUCAGUGUUGCAGGGCGCCAGGAAUACUGGCCCACGGCCGCCCCUCACCUACUGACAGAUUUUGUUAACAGUAUGGAAUGCUACAAAUAUGUCAACAUCAGACCUCCGUAUACGUAUGCCUUUCUCAUCAGAUGGUCAAUAUUAGAAGCACCAGAGAAGCAAAGAGCCCUGAAUGAGAUCUACAGCUGGUUUAUUCGAAUGUUCUUCUACUUCCGACACAAUACUCCCACUUGGAAGAAUGCUGUACGUCACAACCUGAGCCUUCAUAAAUGCUUUGUGAGGGUGGAUGGAGAAAAAGGUGCUGUGUGGACUGUGGAUGAAAAUGAGUUUCAAAAGAGAAAGGGCCAAAGGUUUAACAGGGAAUCCAUGAGAUGGCUGGCACCAGUUUCCCACUCACCUAAAUGUCCUAAGCUUUCCUGACUUUAAACACUGAUAAACCGUGACAUAAGAUGUUGGUUGAAACGGACACAGUUCAGUCUUAAUUUUUACCAUCAAUA